AUGAAAGACAAUUCAAACGUUGCGGACUGCACAAAUCAAUCGUCAAUAAAAACAACCAACAACAGGGUUUCCGAAUUCACGCCAGUUUCUCUUAAGGAGAAAAAAAAUGUCGAAAUAUCAAAUGAAAAUUAUCUGCAUAAAAAAUUUAAGAAAAUCGCCGCUAUAUGUGAUUACACUGCCAAGACUGAAAAGACGGAAGUUAAAAAUCAAAACGGAUUUAUUAGUGAUUUAAGACAAGUAGAAUCGUAUAAAAUAGAUUUAGUGCCAGCCAUAAAUGAAAGAAUAUCAAAUAGUAGGUGUAAUUUGAAUGUGAGUUCGUGUAAAAAUGAGGGUAACGAAUCGGAGUCUGGAAAGACUGUUAAAAAUUCAGAGGUUAAGCAACUUCCUCCGCCUCUUCGCUCUUGCUCUUCGCCUAAACAUGAAAAUACUCGUUCACCGCCGACGAAGAAGGAUGACGGAGGAGGAUCCGCUCUUUCUUCCAGUUCGGGACGUUACACUUGCCCUUACUGCCAGUUAGCUUGCGCGAAACCGUCGGUCCUUCAAAAACACAUACGUGCUCACACGAACGAACGACCAUAUCCAUGUUCGCCCUGCGGGUUUGCUUUUAAAACGAAAAGUAACUUGUACAAGCAUUGUAGAUCUCAAGCGCAUCGGUUUAAAACAGGUGAAGGACAAAUCGGAAGCGAAAAAUGUGAUAGUGCAGAAGAUGAAUUUUCCGACGACUCCGGUCCCAAUCGCGCCGAGCUUUCGUUUAAAAAAGUGGAAGUUGAAACUAAAGUCGUGCCGACGGAAGUUGCGACUCCCAUUUCAAUUGCAAAGCCCACCACCAAAGCAUCAGAAUCCGAGACCAACGACAAUCAGUACAAAAUUUACAAGCCAAAGUUUCACAAAGCAAAUCUUUAUCAAGAUGAUAAUAGGUACGGAUCGGUCAAUAAAGAUAACGUCGUCGAAGAAAAAGUAGAAAAGCAAAAAACGGGGGAGGAGAAUGAAAGAGUCGUCGAUAAGGCGAAAGAAGUGACCUGCGUGGUGGAGACUCCUUAUCUGUCUCCUGGACCUCUGCUGGGCACGACUCCCUUAGUCGACGUUAAGACGGAAGUUGGUCCGCCUCCUAAAAAACGGAGAACGCAAUCCAUGUCGCCGAAUAACGCACAAAAUUACGAAAAUCGGAGACUGUCGACGUCUUCAUUGCCAUGUCCCAUAUCACCUUCCAACGGUCUUACGAAAACCGGAAGUAGGACAACAUCUUCUUCCCCUUCGGCUACAUUGAAAUCCCUAGAAGAACUGUCGAAAUAUCCAAUGAAACCGUCGUUGAACAUGUUCGGAGGUGAAGUUAAAAUAUUAGAUUGCGGAGAAACAAAGACAAUGCGAAUUGAACCUAAUCCGAAUCCUCAGUCGCCGGUUGAUGCAUCCACGAAAAAUACUUCGAAAUUUUUUGUGACCAUAGCAAAAACUGGUCUUCAUUCGGGAGGAGGAACUCUAGUACAAGUACCUGCUAGCACGGCGCAAAGUAAUAUUUUUCAAAUAGCCAACAUAUUAAAUUACCCAGAUACGAAAAAAUUAUUAAUGCCAUUGAUGCCAAAUAUAUCAACUCCUAAUUUGGCAGUACCCGGUGUGCCAACUCCUAAUUUACACGUGCCACCUAAAACCUUUUCCGAAAUCGCCACCAUUCCCGCGCAAAUCCCGUACGUUCCUGGCAUACCCGGGCCGCAGACGAUAUUACCUGCCAAAGUGACUGAAAAUAUUGUUAAGAAAGAUGAAGUUAAAAAAUCGAAAGAAACAAAAUCAACAGUGUCUUCCUUAAUAUCGAUUCGGAAAUCGAGCUCUUCCAAUCAAAUAAAAAAUGUGCCAAAUGAUAUACCAAAAAUAGAAAUAAGUGCUCCAACAAAUGAAGUGACCGAAUGUAAAAAAGACGAUUUAGUCGGUAAAAAAGAAACCGGGCUUAAAUUCCUUCGUCCUACUUCGUUACCUCUCAGACCGGGGUCUUUCACUCCGAAAAGACUGCACCAAGGCAUCACUCCGACCGUUCUGAGCCUUGUGAGUCCGGAAACGCCCAGACCCAAGAAAAGUUACGGACAGUUGUUUCUCAACGGUCACGCGUAUACUUAUUUGGGACUCAAGUGUUCAACGAGAAGUUACUACUGUACCAUAUCUAGACCGCAACCGAUGUAUGUCGAGCAAACGGCUCAGUACCCGAAACUUUCCAUGUAUUCCAAUUGGAAGGUUUAUUCAGAAUCAGAGCCGAGCCUUUUAGGUUUAACACCCGCGAAAGCCAUGGCUCACUACGACAGUCGUCAUCGUUCCUCUUCAUACACAAUUGCUAGUAAAAACAUAUCAUCCAACUCUGGCGGAAUAUUGACUCAUUCAUCUUCCUGGUUGAAAAAUUUAGAUAAGCAACAACAACAACAACAACAACAACCACACAAAGAUAAUUCCAAAACUGAACAGGGAACAGAGAAUUCGUCGUGGACCGCUGAAGCACCUCAUAAACGAGUGAAAAUAUUUGCCGGUGGAUACGAAUCAAACGAAGACUAUACAUAUGUUCGGGGGAGAGGGAGGGGUAAAUAUUUUUGCGAAGAAUGCGGGAUCAGGUGUAAAAAACCUUCGAUGUUGAAAAAACACAUUCGGACUCACACGGACGUUCGACCCUACACAUGCAAACAUUGUACCUUUUCAUUCAAAACGAAGGGAAAUCUAACGAAACACAUGAAAAGCAAGGCUCACUAUAAGAAAUGCAUGGUUUUAAACGUUCAUCCCAUUCCGACGACGGUCGAAAUGGAAAACAUUGACGAAGAAUUGCUCGUGAAACAACAGGCCAUGAAACAAGAUGAGAACGAAGAAAGUGAAAACGAGGAAGAUGACGAUGAAGAUGACAGCGACGAAGGUGAAGAAGAAAAUAUUCAACAAGAGGAUUCCGAGUCUUUGGAAAGAGAGGCUGCUUCCGGUUUAUUAUCACUGUCGGAAAUGACAACUGGAAACUCCCAAUACAAAUUACUUUACGUGACGGCAGGCCUUAUUCCAAAGAGCACAAACGGGAUUCGACCAAAUACAUAUCCACCAUCUUUAUUGUUGUCCAAAUCGUCGCCGUUGUCGACGUCCUCGUCGUCGUCGCCGUCGUCGUCGUCCUCGUCCUCGACGGAUACAAAGUUAAAACCAGAAUUUUUCCCUCCUUCAAGUGGUCCGAGUCCAAGCUACGUCAGCGUGACCGAAGAUGGACGAAGCAUAUGCGUCAUGUGCAACAAAAUAUUUACAAAAGCGAGUCAAUUGAAAUUACACGUUAACAUACAUUAUUUCGAAAGGCCGUACAGGUGCGAACCUUGCGCCGUAUCAUUUAGAACGAAAGGUCAUUUGCAAAAACACGAAAGAUCUGGAUCUCAUCACAACAAGGUGUCCAUGAAUACGACGUUCGGCACGGCGACCACGAGUAAUCCACGUCCGUUCAAUUGCGACGAUUGUAAAAUAGCUUUUCGAAUUCACGGACAUUUGGCGAAACACCUUCGAUCUAAAAUGCACAUAAUGAAAUUAGAAUGUAUAGGAAAAUUACCAUUUGGAACAUAUGCGGAAAUGGAACGUUCAGGUGUUAAUUUGAACGAAAUCGAUACGACAGACUGUGAAAAUUCUCUAGAAAGUUUACAGGUUUUGGCUCAAAAACUUUACAAUAAAGACUCUGCAUUGGUUCCUUUAGCAUCAUCAUCAUCAUCAUCAUCAGCAUCAUCAAAACAGAUCUGA